UCAACGAAGUCACUUAAAUGCGCCUAUGAAAAUUCACACGGGUGAAAAACCUUAUACGUGUGAAAUUUGUAGUAAGCUGUUUACUGAAAAUUGUUAGUUUAAAGCUGCAUAUGAGAAUUCACACAGGUGAAAGACCUUAUAAAUGUGAAAUUUGUAGUAAGCUGUUUACUGAAAAUAGUAGUUUAAAGGUGCAUAUGAGAAUUCACACAGGUGAAAGACAUUAUAAAUGUGAAAUUUGUAGUAAGUUGUUUACUAAAAAUAGUAGUUUAAAGGUGCAUAUUAUGAGAAUUCACACAGGUGAAAGACCUUAUAAAUGUGAAAUUUGUAGGAAGCAAUUUACUAUAAAACGUAAUUUAAGUGAGCAUAUGAGAGUUCACACUGGUGAAAAAGCUUAUAAAUGCGAUAUUUGUAGUAAGCAUUUUAAUCAACGAAGUCACUUAAAUGCGCAUAUGAAAAUUCACACGGGUGAAAAACCUUAUACGUGUGAAAUUUGUAGUAAGCUGUUUACUGAAAAUAGUAGUUUAAAGCUGCAUAUGAGAAUUCACACAGGUGAAAGACCUUAUAAAUGUGAAAUUUGUAGUGAACAGUUUAGUCGCCUAAGUAUUUUAAAACAGCAUAUGAGUGUUGACACUGGUAAACUUUAUAAAUGUGCAAAUUGUAGUAAGCAGUUUAGUCGCAAAAGUGGUUUAAAUAGGCAUGUGAAAGUUCACAGUGGUGAAAAGACUCGGUAACCGUGUAACGGUUCCAAUUUAUCUUGGGACCUAUUUAUUUAUAGUUUAAAUGACCCAAUCUUUUAUGCCAUAACAUCUGUGAAUUUUGAGAUUUAGCAAUAUUAACUUUUUUCCUUAGCCAUUGUAUUAAGUUUAUAAAAUCCAUCGAGAUUUUUUGCUGUGGCUUCAGGUCUCUUCUUCACUGCUAUCUUUUGAUUGUGAAAAAGUCUGCAUCCGUUGAUGUCAAAUACUACAGACCAACCAUUGUUUACUAAGGCGUUCACUGAUAAGAGAUUUACCGAUAGGUUUGGUACAUACCUAACGUUUUGUAUAAAUUUUUCUUCUCGACUUUCUCUUAGUGUAACUGUAGCAUUACCAGUUCCUUUCACUGUAAGUCUGGAGUCGUUUGCCACCACAAUCUCUUGACCAGAAUUUUUGUUGGUAAUUUCUGUUAAAAUUUCGUAUUUUCCGGUCAUGUGUGAAGAUGCACCGCUGUCAACGUACCAUACAUUUUCUUUCAUGUUGAUACCAAAUGCAGCGAAACAUGUUGUACCACCUUUUUUGUUACUUUUGCUUUGAGAUUUACUUCUUUCGGGCGAUUUGUCCAUUUUCUUCUUAGCAGAUUGAUUUUUGUAAUGUCCUUUGGAUCCGCAACCCCAACAAUGUGGUACUUUUUUUUAAAUUUCUGCGCCGAGAGUGCAUUGUCUUCUUCACAUUUACCUUUUUGCCAUUUUUUGUCUUGCAAGAGUUUGAUCUUGACAAAAUCAGCUGUAAUGUCAACAUUUGAAUUUUACAGUGGCAUUACCAUUGGAUCAUAUGCUUCUGUGCGACCCUGCAGCAUGAUUGCACCCAAAAAUUCAUCAUCGAUCGAUUUUCCAAUAGAAGAUAGUUGCUGAGAGAAGUCAAUCGUUUCGUUUACGUACUCUUCCAUUGUACUAAAAUUGGAUAGUUUAAUUGAACAUAAAAUUCGUAGUAAACGAAGUCGACGAUGAAGACCUUUAUCCUCAAAUGCUUUUUCAAGUGCAAGCCAUGUCUCUAAAGCUGUUUUGAAUUGCAUUACAUGAGGAUACGUACUCUUAUCCAGAGAAAGUAUUAUUUUUUAAAAGUGCUAUCUCCUCGUUGAAUCUCUGGCUAAAUACAAUACAGUCGAACCCGCUUAUUGGAAUACCCUUCGUGCCAAGUAAAAGUAUUCCUAUAACAGGGAUAUUCUAAUAACCGAUCAUUGGUGGCUAGUAGAAACGUUUUGGGACCUCCAAUCUCUAUUCCUUAACCCGGUAUAUUCCUAUAACCGGUAUUCUAAUAAGUGGGUUCGACUGUACCAUAAGUGGCGAAGCGUCCAUGUAACCACUGUUACCAUUGGUAACAGUUACAAAUCUUACAAAUAAAUAUUUUAUGACUACAUACUACGAAAUAAUUCCAUUUAUAUUUUUUACCAACAGAAAUACUUGUUAAUAGUACCUAAUUCAGUAAAUAGCCAACUAGACGCACGAAAAUAUUGGCGAGAUAUGUGAAUCCAUGGCACGUUAUCAUAAUAUAUUAUUAUGCUGUUACCAAUACUGGCACUGGUAAAUGGUACGCAGGAGAAACCCUCGCUAUCGAUCGGGACUAGCUCUGAAAAUUUUGAAGGAGCGACGGGUCUAGAGACGGCGCGCGGGCACGCUGUGCAUAUCAGUAGUGUCACCAUUUUGAAGAUGAGUAACGUUGGUUUAGUACCUAUUACAGAUUACAGUGUGCGUGCAUUUAAACAUGGAAGAGUGUUGCUACGUAUUGCGUAAUUGAUCAACUACUUGAAAAGUCAUUCUACUUGUAUAUUUUUUUAUAUAUUAUUUUAAAGAAAAAAAUGAUAUUAUUGAAAAUGGAAGAAUUAAAAUAUAAACAAUAGUUUUCAAAAUCUUCCUUCUUUCCUACUUGUUCAUUUUUUAUGUUAAUUUUAUGGUAGAAUAAUAUGUUUAGUUUGUUUAUUAUUUAUUGUUAUACCUGUUACAUAUACAUAAUUACAUACAUAUAAUUUGGGAAUAGUGAUUUGUUUAAUUUUAUCCCACAGGAUUGAAAACAAAAACUUAUAUUUGGGCGGUUCAAAAUAUUUUUUUUAAAUAAGAUUUUUUUACAUCUGGUUUUGGUAACACUUUAGAAAAACUCACGCGUCGCUACUGUGUACCAUAAACCGUCAUAUUUCAGGAGAGCAGUCAUUUGGAAUUUCCAGGUACUGUAAUUUUCUCUGCCUCUGAGUGUUUCAACACUUUUAAGUCCCGAAUGAUCAUUUUCAGCCAUCGUAAAAAACAAAUCUUUAAGUUUUUUCUUGCUGCAAAAUAUUCUUUUAACUGGAGUGGCCCAUAACCUAUUAGUAUUAUUAGUAUCUUAUAAUACUAUUGUGCGCAGCAGAAGUUAAAUAAAUCUUCAGGAUCUUGAAUUUAAUAGGCUAUUGAUUAUUAUGUAUUUUAGAAAGGAACUACAACGUUAACGAUGUUUUAUUGUUUCAUAUAGUAAAUGGACCUCUAAAUAUCAAUUAACCGCGGAGUUUUACCAUUUAAAGGGGUGCGUUUUUGAGAAAAGGGUGAAUUAGUCCCUAGGCACAGGGCGAAUUAGGGUGAGUUCUCUCGUAUAUAGUCCAAGUAAUGAAGCUUAAAAUAGGAAAAAACCUCGCAAUUUUUACAGAAUGGAUCGAUUUGCUUGAAAAUUUGAGAAUAAGUAGUGGAUAGUCUAAGGAUCAAAAUCUAUAUCAUGCCAA